UAUAGCUAUGUUGGCAACAGUGUUUCAUAAUUUUUGCCGAAAAAUUGUAAUCACAUCAUAGAAAAUAUUAUCAUCAAGCAGGUGAACUAAAGUAAUAAUGUCGGCAUCGGAACAAGCGCCCAAAAUUAAGUACGGAGAAACCGCACCAAAGCUCGACAAGGCGCAGCUGCAGUUCAUGAAACUCAUCGAGGAACAAAACUUAGAUCGCGUGCAAAAAUUAAAGCGUGUGCGACGCAAUAAUUUGUUAACAGCCGGCGCUCUUGGCCUUUCGGUUCUGGCCAUUUACGGCUACUCCAUAUUCUCGGUGCAGCAGGAGAAGUUCCUCGACGACUUCGAGGAGCCCAAGAAGGUGACCACCAAUUAAAGCAGCUCCCACAAUUCGUUUACUGUUAAUCCUCUAGUCGUUAAGCGUUUUUUAUUCAAUAUCUGUACACAAUUCUAAAA